GUUUUCACAGAUCUAGACGAAAACAUUGCAUUGACAUAAUAAGUUUUCUGCUGUUUGCCUUAAAAAUGAGGCGUUUAUCGGUUAAACUUACAGCUCCUUGGAUGUGAAUUGAAUCUCAAAUAUAACUGGUUUAGCUGGAAUUGUUAACUUCAAGACAUGAUUGAGUUAAUAUUACUGGUGUAGCCCUUGUGAGCUGUUGUCCGUCCUCCAACAUGUCGACUCUCGAAGCGGUACGUCCUAGGAACUUGAUGUCACGAGAGCGUCCGGCAUACAAACAUCCUCAUCAUACACAGAAGGCAUUUGAAAUCCUGAACCAGAUGAGAAGAGAAUGUCUCCUUUGUGAUGUGGUGUUGAUUGCUGACACAACUGAAAUUUUGGCACAUAAAGUAGUUUUGUCAUCCUGCAGCCAGUAUUUCUAUGCCAUGUUUACUGGUGACCUGGCAGAGGCCAAGUCUGAUCGAAUCACUCUACAAGAAAUAGAUCCCGCAGCACUGGUUCAACUGAUUGAUUUUAUGUACACAUCAGAAGUAAAUGUAACAGAAGAAAAUGUGCAGGUGUUAUUGCCUGCUGCUAACAUCCUACAGAUGACGGAGGUUAGAGAUGCCUGCUGCGAGUUUCUUCAGUCCCAGCUUCAUCCAAGUAACUGCAUCGGCAUCCGAGCCUUUGCUGACCUGCAUGCUUGUACAGACCUACUUCAGUACUCCCAAACCUACAUAGAACAACACUUUGUAGAUGUGGUACAACAUGAUGAGUUCCUGUCCCUCCCCUCGUCUGAAGUGGCCAAGAUGAUCUCAAGUGACCGUCUCACUGUCACAUCUGAAGAACAGGUAUAUGAAGCAGUAAUGAUGUGGGUCCAACAUAAUCGUACCACGCGGGAAGACUUUCUGGCUGACCUCCUGGAACAUGUGCGUCUGCCGUUGGUUACACAUGAGUACUUGAUACAGAGAGUGGACGAGGAGCCACUCAUCAAGAUCAGCAGUCGGUGUAAGGAUUUCCUCAUAGAGGCUCUUAAGUUCCAUCUACUCCGGUCAGAGCAGAAGGCAGCCUACAAAUCGCCUAGGACCCUGCCACGUACCCCACGUGGACUUCCAAAGGUGCUGCUAGUGAUCGGGGGACAAGCCCCUAAGGCCAUCAAGAGUGUGGAAUCGUAUGACUUCAAGGAGGGCAAAUGGAGCACGCUGGCCGAGAUGCCUUCAAGGAGGUGUCGCUGUGGUGUGGCAGUUGUUAGCGGGAAGGUGUAUGCAGUGGGCGGAUUUAACGGGUCACUGAGAGUACGGACAGUGGACAUGUACGACCCGAUGAAGGAUGUCUGGACUUCCUGUCCUAGUAUGGAGGCACGGCGUAGUACACUGGGAGUUGCUGUCCUAAACAGUGUCAUCUACGCUGUCGGAGGGUUUGAUGGAUCAUCAGGACUGGACACUGCUGAAUGCUUUGACGUGCGGACAGAAGAAUGGCGGACGAUAGCCAACAUGAGUACCAGGCGUAGCAGUGUAGGAGUAGGAGUACUGGGAGGACAUCUGUUUGCUGUCGGAGGAUAUGACGGGGCGUCUCGACAGUGUCUCUCGUCUGUGGAGUGUUAUAAUCCUCAGCUGGAUACCUGGACAUCGGUUGUGGAGAUGUCGUGUCAUCGGAGUGGAGCAGGUGUGGGUGUGGUAGACGGCCUGCUGUAUGCAGUAGGUGGGCAUGAUGGACCGCUUGUCAGGAAAAGUGUUGAGAUGUUCAACUCCGAAACGAGCACCUGGUCACAGGUGGCAGACAUGCACCUUUGUAGGAGAAAUGCAGGUGUGGUGGCCAACGGAGGAUAUCUCUUUGUUGUUGGCGGUGACGAUGGAACUUCAAAUCUAGGAUCAGUGGAGUGUUACGACCCUAAGAUAAACACCUGGACGCUGUUAACAUCCAACAUGAUGACUGGGCGUAGUUACGCCGGUGUAUCUGUAAUAGAUAGACCAAUGUUAUAGCACUCAACCUGUCAAAUGUUGAAUACGAUAACUAAGGAAGGUUGUCGUAUUUGUGAAAUUGUCGUAGACCACUAUUUAGAAAUUGACCAGUUCUGUGUGUGAUUAUGCUGAUGAUGCAGUUUCAUUGGCAUCGUUAAACAAACUGUUUUAGCGUUUUGUCCUUUGUUGGUAAGAUAAAAGUGUCAUUAUGCUUGCGUAUCCGUCAUAGUAAGACAUUUGCUAAUAGCAGUUGACCAAUGCUUUGUGAAUAUGAUGAUGGUGUGGCUACAUCAAUGCAUUUAUUACAAAAUCAUCAACACCAAUACUUACUCUAUGAGAAAAAGACCAAUAAGACAGACCUAUCCUUCAUUGAAACUUCAGAUGUGGCAUCAAAUCUCAAACAGGAGUAUCAGCAGUGUGUAUGAUCAGGUCUAUGUUUGAGUAUAUGUAGAAGACAGCAGAGCGUAUUGAUCACACUGAUCAUUCCAGUCAACUGAGCUGUAUGCGCACCCCCUUUUUGACAUGACAAUAUUUACCUAAAAAAGUGUGCACUAUACAGUAAUAGCAAUCUAGGAAGUACUUUGCCAGAAAAUUGGGCUCCCCUCAGUAAUGGAUUUUAUUGACUCGUUCUUUCACACCAAACAGACCAUGAUAAAAUUGGGUUAAAAUGCUUCCAUUGAUCCAAUGAGACCCUUUCCUCUCAGGCCCAGGUUUCAUGAACGUUCCAUAAGUUAAGGAGCUCCUUACCUUAAGGAACGUUCAUGAAAUUGGGGCCAGAUGCAUUAGACCUUGCUGGUACAGCUACCCAAAAGGUGACUUUCCAGCUAUCUACUAUAGGCGACUGGUGUACACAGAUAUUUCUGAAGCAAAUAUGUUUCAAGAGUUUCCUGAAAUGCUUUUCACUUAUGCUUAUUCAGACUUAAUUUAUAAAUUGAUGACUCAUGUUUGAGGUACACAAAAAUUAAUGACACAUGUUUGAGGUACCCAAGAAUUGAUGACACAUGUUUGAGGUACACAAGAAUGGAUUAGACAUGCUUGAGGUACCCAAGAAUUUAUGACCAGGUUUGAGGUACACAAGAAUGGAUAAGACAUGCUUGAGGUAUUCAGGAAUGAUGACACAUGUUUGAGUACACAAGAAUGUAUGCCAUGGUUAUUCUGAAUCCUAAGUUAUCAAUGUUAGUUGAAAACAAAGUAAGAGAUGAAUUCUCACGCAAGUACAAGUAUGGAGUAGAGUAACAUAGAACGUUUAGAUAACUUACUUGUGGACAAUCACAUAAUGACAUGGUUUUGAAAUGUAAACAGUGGACAGAAGAGAUUUAACAUAUUGCUUGGUGAUUAUGAAUCAAUUGGGUAAUAGUGAAUACUUUCGAUUAUUAAUAAUACUGAGUAAAGUAUGAUAUCAGCCAUUGGCUACAUAUAUUUACAGAAGUACCCCGGUGUACUGGACAAUCAAGUAAUACAUGUAAGAUUAUGACUAAGCAAUGUUAUUGUAUCAAUGAUACGACGUUGUGUAACAUUUGGCAACUUACAAGUUGUCAUUUCAGACAAACCAAGUCCUGUGUACCACAUAUCACAAAUGUUCUGUGUACCACACAUGUUCUGUGUACCACACAUCACACAUGUCCUGUGUACCACACAUGGUA